GGGGGCGUUUCCCGCGCCCUGGGCCGGUGCACCUCACCCGCGGCAGCUGCUGCGGGACACUGGGAUAUGGAGGGGAUCUAGAAUCUGACAGUGGCCUUACCUCAAAGUGGGAACAGUCUGCCUUUCGACAAGUCACUUCCAGAACAUUCUAAGGAACUGGCACAUGCUGUUGCUACCAGGCAGAGAGUGAGAUAAGAACACGCUGGAGACUGUCUUGUAUUCAGCCUUCAAGAAACUUUUGCAAGAUUGUUUCAUUUAGUAGGAAAAGCCACAUGCACAAACUAGCAGUCUUCCCUGGGACCAGAGGAGAGAGCAGAACAGAUGCUGUCUGCUCUCACCUACCAGAGCGCCGCAAGCCAGUUCCCAGCUCCAGCUACCAGUUUCCAGGAAGAACACGCUGUCUGAGCAGGGAGGACUUGGGGAGUUUCUUCAGAAUCCACUAAAGUUUAAGAUGGUGUCUGGAGGCCUGUGAACCUCCCCCUGGCCUUCACAGUGACUGCUUCUAGAAAACGUGGCCAGGGAGCUCUGAAGUGGAGAUGAGACAACCUAAUCGGAAGAGGAAGCUCAGCCUGGAGUCCACAGAGCACAUGAAUCAAGACAGAUGCACGGGGCAAACUGAAGAAGAAAAGAAGCCGGGAGAGGUGGCCACACCUUCAAAGCGAGAAUCUUCUGUGACUACAGCGGAAACCUGGUCCUGGGAGCAGUACCUGAGAGAAGGGAAUGCUGUAGCCGCACCAGUAGAACUGUUUUCCAAGGACCAGUCCUUUCCGGAGCAUGAAAAUGGCUUUCAGGUUGGAAUGAGAUUGGAAGGCAUUGAUGCCCGACGUCCAUCUGUGUUCUGUGUGCUUUCUGUAGCUGAGGUGUGUGGUUACCGGCUGAGACUGCAUUUUGAUGGUUAUUUAAGCUGCUAUGAUUUUUGGACCAAUGCUGGUUCUCCGGACAUUCACCCAGUGGGAUGGUGUCAAAAGACCAAGCAUGAACUGCAUAUCCCUCGGGAUUAUAGAAAAGAUAAAUUUGUUUGGAUGGAUUACUUGAAGGCCUGUAGAUUGCAAAAUGCUCCUAAGAAAUUAUUCAGAAACAGAAGUUCUAAUGGUCCAGUGCCAAGGGAGUUUCAAGUUGGGAUGAAGCUGGAGGCUGUGGACAGGAGGAACCCUCGCUUGAUGUGUGUGGCAACCAUCGCCGACAUUGUGGAAGACCGAGUCCGGGUGCAUUUUGACAGCUUGGAUGACAGCCUUGAUUACUGGUGUGAUGUUAACAGCCCUUACAUCCAGCCAGUUGGUUGGUGUCAGGAGAACGGAAGAACUCUGGUUGCUCCCCAAGGUUAUCCUGAUCCAGAUAACUUUUCCUGGACAGACUACCUGCGAGCUUCUCAAGCAAAGGCAGUGCCCGCCAAGGCCUUUAGCAUGAGGACUCCACAUGGUUUUUUGCCAAACAUGAAGUUGGAAGCUGUCGACAAAAGGAACCCCCGGUUGAUUCGUGUUGCUACCAUUGCCGAUGUUGAUGACUACAGAGUAAAGAUUCAUUUCGAUGGCUGGGACCAUAAGUACGACUAUUGGGUGGAUGCUGACAGCCAGGACAUCCACCCCAUCGGGUGGUGCGAUGUGACAGGGCAUCCGCUGGAAGUGCCAUAUGGGUCAAAGCAUGUGAAAAUCCUUCCAGGUCAACCUGCAUGUCCUACUCCUGGGUGCCGAGGCAUAGGUCAUAUCCGUGGCCCACGUUAUGCAGGACACCACAGUGCUUUUGGGUGCCCGUACUCAGAUGUGAACUUGAAAAGAGAGGCAGCCCUUCAGGAUCGCCUGAGAGAACAAACACAGGCAAAUUUGGAACUUGAUCCUUCACAUUCCAAAUCAGAAAACCCCUGUAAUUUGAAUGUCAACGGGAAAUGUGAAAAUGCAAACAGUCAGUGCAGACUUGUACAGCAGGCAAAGUGUUUGAAAAUCAAAGGAAAAGAAGAUAUUGACUUGGAUAAUCUCUUCAGAGGUGAAAAGGCCUCUAUCAUCUUUGCAGUCCUGUUCAUGUCAGGGAAGAUCCAGUCUUGUGGAGAUCAGCGUUUACCAUGGGCUCUCUACUUCUACAGUGGCCACAUAAUGCAGCCAGGAAAGUCACUGUGGUUAACCAACGGGACAGCCGAUAAAUGGGCAUUAUUGAUUCCCAAACAUGGUAGAUCUGUUGAUGAAUUUUCUGCUGAAUUGGGAAGGAAAUUAACACAACUGGUCCUGUAG